CGAUUUGGCCUGCUCGCCUGAAUCAGAUGGGGGCUGUUGCUUCAGUCCUCGUCUGGCCCGCGACCGAUAUGCCCUCGACUUCCAAGCCCAAGCCUUCUGCGAGAGCGAGCUCGACGGCAGGCCGUGCUGGCACCCGACAGGCCCCAUCCACCGGCAGCAUCGGCAUCAGUCUGGAAGCCCUCUCGGUUCUCGGCUCCUUUGUCUUUGUGGUCCUGGUCGCAUUUGCGUACUGGCGGAUCCGCAACAGAGAACCCAAGAGAAGGCGAAUCCACAAUGCUGCCUCGGCAGGCCUCCAGGACGACGAGGUCGCCCAGGUUGAUCUGACGGCUCGUUACGGAUCGGCCAUGCAGAAGCGUGCUGUCAAGAUCGAGGAUCUGGAUACUGAGACGCUGCUUUUGCUCAAGCGUGACGGUAAGCUCAACGAAGCGACUGUCCAGCGGCUGGAGGAGCUGGGCAAGCUGCCGUUUGGAGAAGGCAGCCGGCCCGCACCGUCUCGCUCGUCGCCAACCCCAGACUCCCCGGAGCCUGUCUCUGCGCCGGCCGAACCCCCCGCUGCCCAGAGCCGCACUCGAUCGCGAAGGACACCCGCCGGAAGCGAAAAGAGCGAUGCCACCUCGGGGUCGGCCUCGGGGUCGGCUUCGGGUGCCCAGGAAUCCCAACGCAAGCCCCGCAUCAUCAAGAAGGUCCCAAAGAUCCCGACGGAGCUGCAGAAGCAGCAGCUCCUCAAACAGCAGUAGAGCCUGGUCGAUGUGGCUGUGGUCGGGAAUGAGUAAUAAAAGAUGAGCCCUCAGAGCAUGUACUCACAA